CCUCACCGGAGGUGUGACGGCGAAACACCAGUCAGCAAUGGUGGAAAUUUUUGCGCAGAGCCAAAACCCUUAACAACAAAAACACCUCCUAUAAAAAUGAGCUUCAGAGGUGGUCGUGGCGGCAGUUUUAGAGGCGGACGUGGUGGCUCGCGGCAGCCUAUGUCCUAUGGUCCUCCCGAUCAAGUUUUGGAACUGGGUACCUUUGUCCAUGACUGUGAAGGAGAUAUGGUUUGUGAGUCUACAAACCCUAAGAUUCCAUACUUUAAUGCCCCUAUUUACUUGGAGAACAAGUCUCAAAUCGGAAAAAUCGACGAAAUUCUCGGUCCCAUGAACCAAGUUUAUUUCACUGUGAAGCCCAUGGAUGGUGUUGUUGCCGGCUCCUUCAAGCCCGGUGACAAGGUGUUUAUUGGUGGAGACAAGCUUCUUCCCUUGGAGCGUUUCUUGCCCAAGCCUAAGGUUGCUGGUCCUAAGAAACCCAAGACUGCUGGUGGCCGUGGAGGCCGCGGCGGUUUCGGUGGUCGCGGAGGCUUCGGUGGCCGUGGCGGCUUCGGUGGUCGUGGAGGUUCUCGCGGUGGAUUCGGCGGAAACCGUGGAGGAUUUGGUGGUCGUGGUGGCUCUCGAGGCGGUUUUGGUGGCCGCGGUGGUUUCAACAACCGUGGUGGUUCUCGUGGUGGUUACGGUGGUCGUGGACGUUUCUAAGCGAUCAAUUUUCGUUAUUGAUGUCCCCAGUGGAAUGGAAUAGAGCUCUCCCUGUGAGAGUUCUCUCCUGGAUGCAAAACCCGAUUCCACCCAAAUAACCGGAUCCCAUCUACCUUCCUUGUGUUCCCCCGUCUUACUCUGUAAGUGUUGAUCACUUGCAUAUACCAAACACAUGCACACCCUUUCCUUGCCCCUCAAAAAAGCCCUUGGUGCGCACUCCGCGUUACUCGUCUACUUCGUAAACCAACGAUGUGGGCGGAUUCGUCAGUUCAAAUUACGUGCGCUCCUCUUCAUGGGUCUGUGGUCUGUCGCUCUUAUUCCUGUCCUCUAGCAGCCACUGUUUGUUUCGUUUGCUUACCGGUGACCGGUACUUAUGGCCAUUGCUGACAAUCGUUCCCAGUCAUCAUCCCCUUAGUUUUUUGUACAGAAAAAAAUACACAUGUCGAAAAGAGCCGAUUAGGGA